UUGUGACGUUCCAAUGACAUUUGGGUACCGAUUGUCGCAAAAUAAACUAAAAUCGUACAAAAUUGGUGUUAUCUUUUGUUAAUUUUAAAAAUUGUCGCAUUCCCUUAAUUAGCAUACGCACAAAUGGAUGCUCACCGGGAAGCGAUUCAGAAGCAGAUCCACCAAGACUGGGCAAACCGGGAGUACAUCGAAGUCAUCACCGCUAGUAUCAAACGAAUCACCGACUUCCUGAAUUCAUUCGAUAUGAGUUGCCGAUCGCGGUUAGCAGUAUUGAAUGAAAAACUCACAACACUGGAGCGACGAAUCGACUACUUGGAAGCUUGCGUGACGAAAGGGGAAACACUGCAAUAGUAGAUCCAUGUUUCGAUCUGGAAGUACGGACUAUGGAGGGAUAACUUGAUGAUUAAAACUUAUAUUCUUAGAUGGAUUUCUAGAGCUAGAGUUAAUCGAUAAGAUAAUCAUAAUAUACGCAAGAAUGACUAAAUAUAUAUGAAUUCCUUAGACAGGUGGAUUAAA